AUGUCGCGUCCAUUUCCAUACACUUACAUCUCCUGUCCUUGCGCGGACACUCCGGUCCCCGACCCGGCCAGGAAGCGAAGAUCGAGAGAGUCACCGCAGAAACCCACACCCGAGCGAACGAGCGCGUCUGACGAAGACAAGAAACACAUAGCCCAAGGGAGUAAUCAGGUGGAGGCAGAGGAAGAGGAAGAACAGACAUUUGACCCUCGAUCGCCACGGUCCAAUUUCUCGCUGUUCCCCCCCGAGCAGCUCCUCUACUGCGAAGAAUGCCACCAAAUAAAAUGUCCCCGAUGCAUUACGGAGGAGAUCGUGAGCUGGUAUUGUCCAAAUUGCUUGUUUGAGACACCCAGUAGUAUGGUAAAGAGUGACGGCAAUCGAUGCGGCCGAAAUUGUUUUAACUGCCCCGUCUGCACGGCCCCGCUAGCCGUGAGUACCAUUGAGAAUAUGACAGGGAAUGGAAGUCAACAGGGGCCUUGGGUCCUUUCCUGCGGGUACUGUCUAUGGACGACGUUGGAUGUCGGCAUCAAGUUCGAUAAACCGACCAAUAUCCGCAGCCAGCUGCAGAAGAUGACCGACUCGAGUAAUCCUGCACCUACUUUUGACACCCGAUCACGUCAGGCGUCUCGAACCUUUGGGGAUUUGAAAUCACCCUUGUCUAGCUAUGCCUCGAUCGACGAGCAAGCGAACCCUGGUGAGGGCGAUGGAGAGCAAUCUGCAGGCCAAGAGACAGCCACGGCUCCCCUGGGCGCCGAGGCGCGAUUCGCCGCUCUGAAAUCUUUCUACCGCACGCAGAUUAACGAGACGUCCAACUCGCCCAGCGACCCGCUCAGUUCGGAUUUUGGGUUCUCGUCCCCUGGGGCCCUGAACCGCCUCAUGUCCCUUUAUGCCUCUUCAUCCCGUCUCGCAGGGCUCUAUGGCGGCAGCAAGAAGCCCAAAUCCAAGCUCCCGGUCAUGCGUGAAGCCCUAACAACUAGCGAAGGCUUGCGCGUUGCUCCCGAAAAUGCCGAAGUCGCCGUGAUUGAGCGCCUCGCCUCGCCCGACUGUGGCUGGGACGGCGUCGCAUCGGCCGAGCAACGCGCUGCGCAGUCGCCAGACGUGCGUUUCACAGACGAUCUGCUCCCUCUCCCGGUCCUGCUACGCACCAAGCGCGCCAAACGCUGCAAAUUGUGCAAGCACAUCCUCGUCAAGCCCGAGACUAAGCCGCAAUCCACGCGGUUCCGGAUCCGUCUCAUCGCCCUCAGCUACAUCCCGCUGCCGACCCUCCGGCCGCUCACUCUUUCUUCUUCCUCGUCCUUGAUCUCUGCCGCCAUCCCGCCCCCUGACUUGAAUGCGCUCGCCCCUCUCCGCCCCAUCCAUGUGCUCCUUACGCUGAAGAACCACAUGUUUGACCCCGUCCGCAUCACCCUCGCGACCCCGUCAGUCACGCCCGGCCGCGUCGCUUCCAAGGUAACGGUUCUCUGUCCGCAAUUUGACAUCGGCGCCAACAGUGACGUGUGGGAUGAGGCCUUACAGGGGGCAUCCGCGCCGCUGGCUGGAGAUCCUCGCUCGGCUGCACUGCGCGGGACAUCUGAAAAGGUCGCAGAGGCCGGCAAGGUGUGGGAUAAGGGCCGGAACUGGACGACUGUGGUUCUGGAAGUCAUCCCGGGGAUCCUACCUGGGACCCAACCUAUGAUGCCAGGUGCAGGUGCCGAGGCUGACGAUGGAAAUAGUACCAGUGGUGGUGAUGACGCCCUAGCCUCGCGGCAGGACGAAGAUGUCCUGGAGAUCCCUGUCUUCGUGCAUAUGGAGUGGGAUGCGGAGGCACAACUCGAGCAGCAGAAUUUGGGCAAGGGGUCGAAGCCGGAUGAUCUGGUCAGUCGUGAGUUGGCGUAUUGGAUGGUUCUGGGGGUUGGGAGGAUCCAGGCUUCACUGUAG